UUCCGAGGGAUCGCCACCGGGUCCCGCUGGCGCGGGGAGAGGAGCAACGAGGGCCAGCCCAGGCGGGAGGAACUGAAGCUUCCAGCGAUGCCCUCACUCAAGAUGGCGGCGCAAGGCUCGCCCUUGGCCCCGUCAGGCGGCGCGCGUGCUUAGGCUGCAUAUGCGGCCAAGCUCUAGGGAAGGGGGCGGGUUCAUAGAGGUAGAGGGAGUCUCGCCCUGCGGCCCGGCCAGGACUCUUCGUCGCCGCGGCUCCCGCUGCUGUUACCGUCACCACUCUCGGAUUGUGGAGGGGAGGAUGGAGCCGGUCACCAUCGCUACCGACAGCGGGGACCGGCCGGGGGCCCCGGCGGGCUCAGGCCUGUCGGCUUCCCAGCGUCGGGCCGAGCUGCGGCGGAGAAAGCUGCUCAUGAACUCGGAACAGCGCAUCAACCGAAUCAUGGGCUUUCACAGGCCGGGGAGCGGCGCCGAAGAAGAAAGUCAAACAAAAUCAAAGCAGCAGGACAGUGAUAAACUGAACUCCCUCACCAUUCCUUCAGUUUCAAAGCGAGUAGUGCUGGGUGAUUCGGUCAGUACAGGAACAACUGACCAGCAGAGUGGUGUGGCCGAGGUAAAGGGGACUCAGCUGGGAGACAAAUUGGACUCUUUCAUUAAACCUCCUGAGUGCAGUAUUGAUGUAAGCCUUGAGCUCCGGCAGCGCAACAGAGGAGACCUGACAGCAGACACUGUCCAGAGGGGUUCUCGCCAUGGCCUAGAACAGUACCUCUCCAGAUUUGAAGAAGCAAUGAAGCUAAGGAAACAGUUGAUUAGUGAAAAACCCAACCAAGAGGAUGGAAAUACAACUGAAGAAUUUGACUCUUUUCGAAUAUUUAGAUUGGUGGGAUGUGCUCUUCUUGCCUUUGGAGUCAGAGCUUUUGUUUGCAAAUAUUUGUCCAUAUUUGCUCCAUUUCUUACUUUACAACUCGCAUACAUGGGACUAUACAAAUAUUUUCCUAAGGGUGAAAAGAAGAUAAAGACAACAGUACUAACAGCUGCGCUUCUAUUAUCCGGAAUUCCUGCUGAAGUAAUAAAUCGAUCAAUGGAUACUUAUAGCAAAAUGGGCGAAGUUUUCACAGAUCUCUGUGUCUACUUUUUCACUUUUAUCUUUUGUCAUGAACUGCUUGAUUAUUGGGGCUCUGAAGUACCAUGAAGCCUGCAGAACUCAGAAAGAGAAGCUUACAAAAAAAAAUUUCUCUUCUAUAUUGCAGUGACUCUAAAGGAAGCAUAUUGGUUUACACCUUUAUGAAAUUCUUCUACUUUUUGAGGUUGUAAAACCACUUGAUUAGGAAUGGAAUGGCAGGUUCCCUGACUGGAAAGGGUUGAGUUUGUAUUAAUACUGAUGUGAAGAUUAGAGUACCAAUGUCAGUAAUCGAUUUUUCUUGUUUAAUUAGAAUUCCUAGUCUACACCUUUCCCUAACUUCUCAGAUUUGUAAUUCCUCUUUGAGAGCUGAGCUAGUGCUUUUAGGAGAGCAGAUGAAUGUUGUCUCAGCCAGUCCCAAGGACUGCAUCUUGUAUUUGUAUUGUUCUGUCCUGAGAAAUGGAGCCAUCUUAAAAAUAAAAUGAAAGAAAUUGAA